GAUGCGUGUAUAAAUAUCAGAGUGCCUCUUCUCUCCGCUAUAGCAGACCUGACACAUGACCUAAUUGUCCCUGUCACAUCUCUGUGUGUCCUCACCAAGACCGCACUUCCCGAAGGAGUCGACUAGAAAACGGUUGGUUUAUUCUACAGGUGCCUUUGGCCUCAUCCCCCUGUGAGCCCCUGCUAACCCACAUUAAGCCCUACGAAGUGCACACUCUGGAGAAAACUUCUCUUCUGCCAGUAAUCCAUACUUCUCAUUGAGAGAUGAAGAUGUGCGUCCACUACUGAUGGCUGUGCUGCCUAUCAUACAGGCAGUGUGUCCAGACAGGGAGCCCGGCCUGCAGCCAUGGACCCCCGGCCACAGUGAAGCCCACCAUGUUACCAUUGGUUAUGGCAGAAAGGUCAUCCUCACCUCUUCAGCUACUGUCCACUCCAUAGAGAUCCUCAACGGAGGAAAGUUAGUGAUAGCAGACUCGUAUCAUCCCAUCCUACUGCGUACCAAACACAUUCUGAUCGGCAACAGAGGACAGCUGCACAUAGGAAGUCCUGACUGCCCAUAUAAGGGCAACCUUACCAUCUCCUUAUUUGGAAGGUCUGACGACACAGACACAGAGCACAGUUACUUUGGCCGUAAGUACAUUGGUGUGGGGACAGGAGGGACACUGGAGAUCCAUGGGGAGAAGAAGCUGUCGUGGACCUUCCUCAACAAGACCCUGCACCCAGGGGAGAGCGAGGACAACAGCUACCUGUUCGAGAGGGGCUGGGGCAACCGGGGGAUCAUAGUUCACGUCAUCGACCCCAAGACUGGAGAAGUGCUCCACAAUGAUAGGUUUGACACAUACCGCAGUAAAGAAGAGAGUCGUCGCCUGGCCCAGUAUGUAGAUGUGGUAGACAAUGGGAUGAUUCUGGCCAUGGUGGUCAACGACGAGGGGUCUAACAACCUAGAGGACUCGGCCAGGAAGAUCCUCACCAAGCUGGGGAGUAAAGACUUCCACCGCCUGGGCUUCCGUCAUCCCUGGAGUUUCAUUGCGUUGAAAGGCAACUCGUCCUCUGCAGUGGAGGAUCAUGCUAUCUAUCAAGGGACCAAAGCCUCCUCGGAGGCUCGUAGUUCACGCAUGUUCCAGUCAGAAUACGGAGAGCACUUCACCAUCACCACCUCCAGCCAAUGGGUGCAAGAGGCAGAGUGGACUGAGUGGUUUGACAGAGAUGAUGAGAGAGGAUCAGGAGACUGGGAGAAGCUGUCUGACCUCCACAAGGCUUACCCUGACCGCCUCUGUAGCACCCCCAUGGAUAUACAGGCUGAGUCCCAUGAUGGUGUGCCAUCGAACGAGACAGGAGAUGUCAUCUAUAAGUCUGACAGGGACUACGGCUUCGUCUGUCUCAACAAGGACCAGAGCCACGGCCUCUGUCACAACUACCGAGUACGCUUCCUCUGCGGUAAACUAGUGCGUCCCCAGGCCUCCAUCUCUAUAGAGCAUCUGUCCAACAGCACUGUCCUGGAGUUAGCUGAGCCAGCUGAAGGCUGGGGCCCAGGAGACAGACUGGUGCUGGCCAGUACUGACUAUUCUAUGCACCAGGCUGAGGAGUUCACCAUACUACCCUGCCCUGCCUGUGGGCCCACACAGGUUAAAGUCCAAGGUGAGUGUGUGUGGGGUGGAGGGUGUGUACUUGUGUGUGUGUGUGUACUUGCGUUGGUGUGUGUGCAAGGUGAUGCUGCUGUAAUGUCUGUACUUUGCAUCAGCAAGUUAAGUCUCCUUGUGAAAAGUAUAAGUCUAAGGUUGACCGACCUAACGACUGUUGCAAUAGCAACCGAGUCAAAAAGUCAUAGACCUGAGACUAUAGGACAACUACUAAGGCGGAAACAAGGAUUCCAUUUCGUAACUUUCACCAAUCUAGACUGUGUGUGUAUCUUUAUUGGGUUCCCCAUUAGCUGUUGAAGAAGCAGCAGCUAUUAUUCCUGGGGUCCACACAAAACAUAG